UGUGUGAACCACCUGUACUGACACAUCAGAAACACCUAAAGGCAAACGUUCACAUCUCUGUUUAUUUGAACAAACCUUCAGAAUGGCUAAAGUGUUAAGUGGAGGAUUCACAGAGACGAUGCCUGCCACUCCAGAAAUCCGGAAGAUCUGUAAUGAGGUCAAGAGCCAAGCAGAGCAAAAGACAAAUAAGAAAUAUGUGGAAUUCCUUGCUCUUAAGUACAGGAGUCAGGUGGUGGCAGGAACAAACUAUCUCAUCAAGGUUCAUGCUGGAGGAACCAGUUACCUUCAUCUGCUGGUGUGGAGAAAGCUUCCAUUUGAAGGAGGAAAUGCCGUCCUGACUCGAGUACAAGAGCAUCACCACAAAGACGAUCCCCUUUUACCUUUCUAAUGUGAGCUUGUUUCAGCUCCCUUUAAAAAUGUGCAUUUGUUGUGUUUAAAGAACUUCACACAUCCAUAUUCCUUUGAAGUCGAAUGUUAUGCAUAGAAUAACUUUAUAUUUACAGUAAUUAAAACAGCUAAUACAAUGUUUACUUUAUAACUGAAUGAAGGUGAAUGAAUAAUUUCACAAAUAUUUAAUAAAAUAACAUUCAUUGG